CAACAACUCUAAUUAUUUUAAUCCUCUUGAUAUCUUGCCAUUUUUCACUGUGUAUAUCCUUUUUUCGAUUUUCAAUUGCCUUUUAAAGUAUAGAUCCCUUCUCAAACCCAGGAUGCUUGACGUCCUCUGCUCCGGCACGCCCGAGGAAGUGGGUUAUCAUCACGGCUCAAAAGGAAAACUUCAAAUCAGCCGCUCAAUCACCUUCUACAAGGACCUCUUCCAAUCGAAAUGUAAAAUGGACUGGGAAGAAGUAAAACAAUUCGCCUUAAAAUACGAGCCUUAUUUAAAACAGCAUUGGCCUCAGUAUAUCGAGGAGAUGCAAGGCGUGGCGAAAGGAGCUGAAGUUACGUAUCCUAACAUUCUAGCCCUGAAUGUUCGGACUGAAGUCGCCUUUGGGAAUUUCAAUGAUGGGUGUACUGCUUUUUCGUGGAAGGGGGCGAAGAGUUCGAUUUUGGCGCAGAAUUGGGAUUGGAAUGUUUCAUGUCCGACUCCACAUUUGACCGACUGGUGCAAAAGGCAAGCUGAAAAUCUCAUCUGUUUGAGAAUCAAGAAAUCAGAUGGUGUGAAUAUCCAAAUGAUCACAGAAGCUGGUAUCAUCGGGAAAAUAGGAAUGAAUUCCAAUGGUGUGGGGUGCACUCUCAAUGCUCUUAAAGCGCAUGGAGUUUCAUAUGACAAGUUGCCGUGCCAUCUCGCACUACGGACCGUGAUGGAAAGUUCUUCGCGAGAAGCUGCUGUUCUUACUUUAGAGAAAGCCGGAGUGGCAAGUGCUUGCCAUAUCUUAGUUGGUGAUGCCACUGGAGGUACUGGUCUUGAAUGCAGCUCUGAGGAUUUGGUCAAACUGGAGAUGAACAGAGAGGUGAUUGUUACGCAUACGAAUCAUUAUGUACUGAAGCAUAAGGACGGUGUCGUUGAAGCGCCUGACUGGCUUCCAGGUACUAGGUUUCGGUUGAGCAGGAUCAACCAGCUGUUGAAUGGAGCAAAGGAGGAAGAACUCAAUGCGGAGCUCGCCGCAAGGCUUCUGAAGGAUGAAACGGAGGGCGACGGUGCUGCAAUUUGCAGGUCGGCCAAGUCUGCAAAGGACAAUCUGCAAACCCUCUUUUCCAUUGUCAUGGAUUUAGGGAACAAGAAAGCCAAGGUUGCUGUGGGGCGUCCCGCGAGUUCCACUGAGAUACUGGUUUUGGAAUCCAUGAAUAGAAAAGUGUGAAAAUUUUGAAUCAUUGCAAAUGCAUACUAUUUGCAAUGCAGGUCAUGAAAUCGUGACUUAUGUCAUCGUAGGGCAACAACAAGCCGGUCGGCA